AUACCUCUAAAUUAAUAGGUGAGGUGAAUUUCUUUUGUACGAGUGUUUGAGCUUUCACGGCUUUGGCUUUGACCACUUGGCAAGCCCUGCAAUUUUGCAGGCUGCCAGAGGAGACUAGCUCCAUCACCAAAUAUUUGGGAAUUCAAGGAAAAAAAAAAUACAAAUAAAGAGGCACUAGAAAGAAAGAGAUAAAUAAAUAAGUUUAUUUAUUUUAUUUUUGGUGUUGUUAAAGUAAAAUAAAUGGAGGGGUUAAUGUAGAGACUCUGCCUAUUUAAGUAGUUGGAAGUAAAUGGUGGGGUUAAUGUAGAGACAGAGUACUAGAGCAGAGCAGGGAGAUAGAGAGAGAGAAAGAGAGAGGCGUUAGCUAAUGUUUGUUUGUGAGUUCUGAGCCUUUAAGGGGUCCUGUUGUGUAUUACAGCCUUUGUCUUCUUUCUUUCUUUUCUUGAAGGUUUGGUUAUUAGGCAAGUAUGAGCUACUUGGGUGUUGGUGUUAGUCCAGGGAACGUCCCAGUUUAUCAUAGUACAGACUCAAGAGUUAUAGAUCGAAGAGUAAGAAUUGCAGAGUUGGUCUUGAGAUGUGUCAUAUGUGCCCUAGGACUAGUUGCUUGUGUUCUUGUAGCGACUGAUACCCAAGUCAAAGAAAUCUUCUCAAUCCAGAAGAAAGCUAAAUAUACAGACAUGAAAGCUCUUGUAUUUGUGGUCAUAGUCAAUGCGGUAGUUUCUGCCUACUCGUUGGUACAAGCUUUGCGUUGUACUGUGAGCAUGGUUAGAGGACAUGUUCUGUUCAGCAAGCCUUUAGCUUGGAUCAUUUUCUCGGGUGACCAGGUGAUGGCUUAUGUGACAAUGGCUGCAGUAGCAGCGGCCGCACAGUCGGCGGUGUUUGCCAAGCUGGGGCAGCCAGAGCUGCAGUGGAUGAAGAUAUGCAGCAUGUAUGAGAAAUUCUGCAACCAAGUGGGAGAAGGAAUCGCCAGCGCUGUUUUGGUCAGCCUGAGUGCUGUGGUGAUCUCUUGCAUCUCUGCUUUCAAUCUGUUCCGCUUGUAUGGCGGUAACAAGGCAAAGAGUAGCACAACACGGUGAUGAGUUUUAGAUUACUUCAUUACAUGAUGUCAAUCUUGGCUGUGACAUGUCCUCGUGCUUUUAUGUAGUAGUGUUUAGUCUUCUUAUGAUUAUACGAUAACGAUGACGAUGUCAUGGUUGUAAGUAACAGUAAGAAUUGGUUUUGCGACACCAAUUAAUAUAAUAAAAUAGGCUUUAGGGUGUUUGUGGUUGUCAUGUAAA